CACAGGCUGCAGGCUGCAUCCUUCCUCUCCAGCAGCGCCUGUUUGCACGCAGCUGCCGCGCUGCAUCUCACUGAACACGGCUUCUGCAGCCGCAGCCGCAACAGCAACGCAUGCAACUGUGCAUCAGCGGUUGAUCGAUUCUUGUAUCGGAAUAUAUAUGUCCAUAGCCGCAUGGUGACGUCACGCUGAUCGGUAAUAGUUGCUGGGCGGGUUGGUUGGUUGGUUGGUGGGUGGGUGGCUGGGUGCCGCGCGGACGCCAGGGGUAGAUGGGUGCAUUGAAACCUCACACCGGAUAAGAAAUAAGAAAAAAACACAAUACUGCACGAGGAGUGCGUGGACGUGCACGGGACUGUUUGUUGUUUGUUUUGUUUAUUUGUCGCGUCGGCGCGUGGGGAAUGUAGUAGCUGUCACGGUCGCCUGUAGGAGGAUGAUGGAUGCGUAACAGGACGGAUAGAGCCAGCUGUGGCCUGCUUCUAACAGCAACAUCUGGCCGGUGAGUCGUACUGACAGCCGCUUGCCAGCCAGCCAGCCAGCCAGCCGGCCGGCCGGGCGGGCGGGCAGCUCGGCUUGUGUGAACCAGGCACGGAAACAAGAGAGGGAGGCUCGGUGUCAGUGCAGCCGCGCUCCCCGGUCUCCGGUCGGUCCUUCUGCAGGGUCAGAGAGGGCGCCUCAGCAGCCAGCCGGCUCUGGACUAUAGCGGCGAGGUAGAGGAGAUGGAGGAGGGGGACGCAGAGGGGAAAGGGCCCAUGGUGGUCAGAGAGGGGCCGAGCGGUCAUGGCCUCCCGCCGAAUGCCAGCAGCACCACCACCACCAACCUCCUGGCUUCUGUCAAAGAGCAGGAGCUCCAGUUUGAACGUCUGACUCGGGAGCUGGAGGAGGAGCGGCAGAUCGUGGCAAGCCAGCUGGAGAGGUGCAUGCUGGGAGCUGAGUCACCAGCCGGAGACAGCAGCAGCUCAUCUGAGAAGUCAUUUGCAUGGAGAUCUGCAGGCGGAGAGUCACAGAGCGGAGUCAUGGAGGUGUCUGGAUGUCCUGGUCGUCACUCGGAGGCUGAGGAGGGACUCUACCUGCCCGAACCGGACCGCGCCUCCCUGCAUGACAGUGAGGGCUCAGGAGGUCACUCGGCCCAGAUGACCUCGUAUUCAGACAGCGGCUACCAGGACAGCAGCGUUAGUUAUUACAGCAACCAGAACGUGGUGCGCUCGGAGCCUCGAGCCUCGAUAUCGAGAAGCCCAAGAGCUGAGGGUCAAGCCUCUGGGCAGGUGUCUGGCCGGAUGUUACGAAGGAUGGCCUCCCUCCCCUCCAGGAGCCAGUCUCCCGGUUGUGGCACUGCUGGCACUGUCUCGCCCUCCCGCAUCUCGCUGCGAACAUCCCAAGGCAGCACCUACGAUUCACCCAUCCUCUCUGAGCCAAAACCUCUGGCCACCGUAUUCCCUGGCACCAGCAUGCCGCCAUCCUGCCCUUCGCCAACCUCCCCAACAGAGGGCACACAGGCCCUGGGUGGUGGGGGAGGAGGUGUUGUAGGAGGAGGAGGUGGUCGUCUGGGCUCCACCCUCUCUCUGGUGGAGGGGAGGGGUUUGACGGGGUCACCGCUGCGUUCGGGGAUGACGGCGGUGCCGCAGCACUACGGCUCCACGCUGCCCAGGCAGAGCCAGCCGCUGGCCUACGGAACUGAUCCAUACGGCCUGUACCAGAGGAGCGCCCUGCCCCGCCCCGACAGCCUCAUAGGGCUUCACAGCUCAUACGCCGGUCACGCGGGGCAGAUAGAUCCAGAGCUGAGGGCGGCGUUGUCUCCAGACUGCCACAUGACGCCCGUUUUCGAUGAGCGCUCCUUCCACAGCCCCCUGUACCACAGCCCCACCCACGACCCCCAGGGCGCCAUCUACAGGACAAACACAGGUAUGGGGACCCUCCCUCGGGCCACAAGCCACUGCGGCACGCUGCCGUACCAAAGAAGCAGCUAUGGGCUGAGUACUGCAGCUCUGUACGUCGACUCAUACAGGGUCCCCGGCGAGCCCGUCUUCUCCCACCGGCACUCUGGACUUGUGGAGCGGGUGGUCACGCGCACCUCAUCCAUCGAGAGCAUCCAUAAGGAUCCCAGGGAGUUUGCUUGGCGUGACCCCGAGCUGCCGGAGGUCAUCCACAUGCUGCAGCAUCACUUCCCCUCCGUCCAGGCCAACGCCGCCGCCUACCUGCAGCACCUGUGUUACGGAGACAACAGGGUCAAGGUGGAGGUGUGUCACCUGGGAGGGAUCCAGCAUCUGGUGGACCAGCUGGAUCACAAGGUGGCCGAGGUUCAGAAGAGCGCCUGCGGGGCCCUGAGAAACCUGGUGUACGGCAAGGCCACCGACAACAACAAGGUGGCGCUGAGGAACUGUGGCGGCGUGCCCGCCUUGCUGCGUCUCCUCAGGAAAACAACCGACAACGAAGUCCGUGAGCUGGUCACUGGCGUCCUGUGGAACCUCUCUUCAUGUGACGCAGUGAAGAUGACCAUCAUCCGUGACGCUCUGACCACGCUGACCAACACGGUCGUCAUCCCCCACUCGGGCUGGAGCAGCGUCUCGCACCGCGACGAACACAAAGUCAAGUUCCAGUCCUCUCUGCUGCUGCGUAACACCACCGGCUGUCUGAGGAACCUGAGCUCAGCAGGGGAGGAGGCGAGGAGUCAGCUGCGUUGCUGUGAAGGUCUGGUCGACUCGCUGCUUCACGUCCUCAAAGCCUGCGUCAACACCUCCGACUACGACAGCAAGAUCGUGGAGAACAGCGUCUGCACCCUGAGGAACCUCUCGUACCGGCUGGAGGUGGAGAUGCCCUCCUCUCGUCUCCUCGGCAACCAGGAGCUGGACACCCUGCUGGGCUUCUCCUCCCCGGCCAAGGAGCUGGACUACCUCUGCUGGGGCAAAAGGAGGCGCGGCAGGAAGAGGGGCGGCUGGCCCGACGACAAGUGGGACGGUGUCGGGCCGAUCCCAGGUUUCUCUCAGGCUCUGAGGGGGGCGGAGCUGCUGUGGCACCCGAUUGUGGUGAAGCCGUACCUCAACCUUCUGGCCGAGAGCUCCAACCCCGCCACGCUGGAGGGCGCCGCCGGGUCGCUGCAAAACCUCUCUGCUGGAAACUGGAAGUUCUCAGCCUACAUCCGAGCAGCGGUGCGUAAGGAGAAAGGUCUGCCCAUCCUGGUGGAGCUGCUGAGGAUGGACAACGACCGGGUGGUCUGCUCCGUCGCCACUGCUCUCCGCAACAUGGCACUGGACGGCCGCAACAAGGAGCUGAUAGGAAAGUACGCCAUGCGGGACCUGGUGAACCGGCUGCCCGGCGGCAGUCCGACAGUGCUGUCAGACGAUACGGUGGCAUCGGUCUGCUGUACGCUGCACGAGGUCACCAGCCGCAACAUGGAGAACGCCAAAGCUUUAGCCGACAGCGGCGGCAUCGAGAAGCUGGUGGACAUCAGCAAAGGACGGGGGAAAGGGUACUCGAUGAAGGUCGUGAAGGCAGCAGCUCAGGUGUUGAACACGCUGUGGCAGUACAGAGAGCUGAGGAGCCUCUACAAACAGGACGGCUGGAACUACACUCACUUCGUCACUCCCGUCUCCACUCUGGAGCGAGACCGCUACCUUUCACAGCCGACCCUCCCCACCAGCCCGCUACAGAUGUCCCCCGUCAUCCAAUCAGGUGGUAGUGCAACAUCCUCCCCAGCGAUGCUCGGGAUAAGAAGACACAGCUCAAACUAUCAGAGGGCGCAGUCAUCUAUGCAACUCAACACGUAUUAUGGAGACAACAGUUUACACAAACAGCAGUACACAGGGUCUGAGAAGAAAACUCCGUAUUUCAUUGGGACAUAUUCUUCCCAGUCUGGAGAAGAUUUGAGAAGGUCCCAGCACACAGAGCCAUUUUACGACGAACCCGACAGGAAAAACUACAACAGCUACAGAAUGUACCUGUCGUCCCCACAAGGCUACGGAGAGGAGCCGUACGAGGACGAACCGGUCCAUCUGACCCCGUCCUCCCCCGACGGCUACGCCAGCCAGUCGCUCCGAUUCAAAGCCAACACCAACUACGUGGACUUCUACUCCACCACACGGAGGCCUUCAAACAGGGCGAACAAGUUCACCGGCUCCCCCGACUCCUGGGUGUAGUAACAAAACGGACACAGUGUACGUUGAGCUUUGCCGUUUUGGCCAUCUGUUUCUGUGGGUGUGUGUGGGGAGUGCACGUGGGUGGGUGCGCCGUAUGGUUGUGUGAAAGGUUAAGGAUGCAUGUGAAUGUGCGUGCAUCUGUGUUGAAACUGUACUGAAUGACCAGGGCUUGGUUUGCUACAUGCAGCUUUUGACUAAGUUAGAGCACGUGCACAAUAAUGCUGAUAAAUAUGAACCAUUUAUUUUUAUUUUUUUUACCUUUCCUCCACACUAAAAAAAAACAUCUUGUUGUAGUAUGAAUGGCAGAAAAAGAGCAUUUAUCAACAAUUUUGCUGACAUUUCAUGGAACAAAAAAUAAAACCAAGAUUAUUUUCUCAAUUAAUUAAGAAAAUAAUCUUGAGUUGCACCCCCUGGUCAAGUUAGUCAUUUUUGUUAUGCGUCAAGUAGUCACAGUGGACACCCCAUUGGAGUCCUCUUACUUUCUACUCGUCGAAAUUAAGUUUGGUCCUGGCUUGUUUGGCCAACACAUUUAAGUGUCUUUGGCUUUUUAGAUGUUUUGCUGUCUUCACCAGGUGGUGCACAAUGCCCACUGCUUUAUAUGAGGACUCAGACUCAACAAGAAGGAUCAACACACCCAAACAAUAGGUGCAUUUCCAUCCACUUGUUUUAUGCGCUUAAAAAAUAGGAGGAAAAAAGGAAACGUUUUUAUGCGUGGAGAGACGAAAACAUCAGAUGUGUGUGGAGUGAUGAGGAGACUGUCCUCAAAUUAAUACAUGAAACAAACAUAAUUGCCAUUUUUCAUCACGUUUUCACAUUAUUAUGGACAUAGCAUCUUUUCUCUUAUAUAACAGCAAGAUGAUGGGCUUAGUCAGAAGGUGCUUUUUGGAAAAACCCAGCCCUAACUUUGAGUGUUUAAGGUCAACUGAUUUAAUUUUCCCGUGCAGUAUGUUGGCUUUAUAACAUAAAUAUCGUUCGCCAGCAUCGUCAUGAAUGCGAGAGAAAAGGAAUUUACUGAAGCUAAGUAUCCUGUAAAAAAAAAAAGACCACACCUGGGACAAAUACUGUUUACUGUUUUAAAGGGAUUAACUGUAUUUGCAGCACUAUUUGAGUGCGGUGAAUAAAACCACCACGCUCCUCCAAACAGGAUAAAAGUUGUUUGAAAAAUUGUUUGUUAAAUAUUAUUUGACCCAGGUUUUGGAGAAGAGAAACUUAGCGAUGAGCGUCAUCACUAUCGGGAGACUCAGAGAACCAGGGUUACAUCUGUAACCCUUUGCUUUUCUGUGUGUUGGCCAAAAGUGCAGUAUAUCAUAAAGUAUGUGAAAUAUGUGACAAAAACAUGUGAAAAUCUAUUUGUACAGAUACAAUGGUUUAACCGUCCUGUUACAUUGUUGUAUUCAAUAUGUAGAACUUUAUAUGUGAUUAUGUGGAAAAAGAUUUUUCUAUUAUUUGAUUAUUUUUAUUAAUUUACUUGUGACCUGACCAAAAUACCCCGUCUGUCUGUUCUGUCCUAAACUGAUGAUGAUGAUAAUGUGCAAUGUUACAGAGGGAAAUAUAUGUAUAGGGAUUAAAGAUUAUAUCAUGACAAGACA